CACACGAGUUGGUGGUUUUAUGCACUGCCCCCCCCUCAACACACACCAGAGUUGGUGGUUGUGCCGCCCAGAGCCUCCAGUCCUUGAGUAUGAGGAAAGAACCAGAUGGCUCCAGCAGUGCUGGGUCAAGGCGAGGAGGGGGCAGCCCGAAGCGCGCGCAUGCUCUGGACUGGUUGCACCAGCCGAAAUGGGUGCCCACGGGCCGCCAGGGGAUGAGGGGUGAGGGGUAAGGGGUGAGAGGGACGGGGGCGGGGGCAGCCUUUCCCAGGAGGUAACGGGGGUGGUGGUGCUGUUGCCCUUUUAAGCUGCGGCUUGACAGGAGUAGCGCCUCCCGUCGGUGGAGUCGGUUACAAGGGGAGCAACCGCCCAGGCCGCCACGCAGCUCCCCGGAAGGGCCUCGGUGCCCCUUGCCAUUUUCCAGCCCUGCUCCGACUACAGUCGAGGCAGCGGGGAGAGGCGGAGCCGCGACAGCGCCACCGAGCGGUCCGCCCUGUGGUCGCGGCCAUGACAGUGGCUCCGGACCGGCUCACCUUAGGCGCCCUUCCCUCCGGAGAUGAGGGUAAGAUGUCCUUGUCAGGGUUCAAGGCCAAGCUGAAGUUGCUGGCCUCCAUCUUCCACAAGAACCAGGACCCGCCGCCUCAGCUCACCCUCCACUGCAACAUCAAGUUUGUGUUUAAGGAGAAACUAACAAUGAAAAGGGACUCCUUGAGGGAGGAAAAGUUGGAAUGCAGCCUCUGGUGCUGUUUGAGCGAUCCCUCUCCCCAGGGCCCGGCCAGGCCCCUGCUGUCUUCUGGAAAGGCGCAUUGUACCCUGGUUGCUGCAGUUUCAUCAGCAAUUGAAGUGGUUGAUAUGUGAACUCUGCAGAUUAUAUAACCUUCUUAAACACCUGGAUGUUGAGAUGCCAGAUCAACCACUACCCAUGGGUCAGGUCUGCCGCCUUGGUGUUUCUUCAUGUAGCCUUCCUCUCUGCCUAGCAUCUCGUGCUCUGAGGCCUCUUCAUGUGGCUUCUCUUUCUCCAAGAAGAUAGUCAGUACUUAUUUUGGCUUCCAGAAGCACACAAGUGGAGCUGCCAGGUGUUCUUCAGACUUAGACCUGGAAAGGUUCAGUGUCAUUUCCAGCAAAUUCUCUAGGCUAGAGUGAGUCUUGGGGCCAACACAGAUUCACUGUGGGAUGGGCCUGUCCAAGGACAUGACGACAGGAGGUGUGGCUCAUUGGGGACCAACUCCCAAGAUGAACCCUGAGUUCUAAGAACAUUUUCUUUUCUGAUUAUUCCUUAUUCAUAUUCUAUUUUUGUUUUAUUCAUGUAAUAUAUUCACAAGUGUCUUUAUGAAGUGAUUUUGACACUCUUUUGUCUUCUCCCUAGCAUCUCUUUGUUCUUUAAUAAAUUUUUUCUUAGUUUAUUAUUUGUCUUAUUUUUCUUUUUAAAGCCUUUCCUUAAAUUUUAUCUAUUCUAUGUUGCU